AUGCUGUCCAAGUCGCUCGGCCUCGCCUCCGACAACGUCACCUAUGACCUCGAAGACUCCGUCACACCCUCUCUCAAGCCUUCGGCCCGCAAGCAGCUCCGUUCUCAUCUCGCAUCCCUCUCUGCGCGCCCUCACUCCAUCGCCGAGCUCGCCGUCCGAAUCAACGCCGUCUCCACCAGCUUUGCCCUCGAAGACCUCACUGCCCUCGCUCCCACGCCUCUCGUCGAUGCCAUCGUCGUCCCCAAGGUUGAGACUCCGGCUGAUCUGACCUUCGUCACCGACGUUUUGCGACAUGUCGCCCCAGACCGCCAUGCCGAAGGCUCCUCCAACCCUGUCAAGAUUGUCGCUUUGAUAGAGUCCGCCAAGGCCAUCAUGGACCUCGCCGCCAUCUGCAAGGCAUCUCCCUAUCUCAGUGGCCUCAUUUUCGCUGCCGAAGACUUUGCGCUCGACCUGUCCAUCACGCGCACCCCGUCACUGACAGAGUUUCUCUACGCCCGUUCCGCCAUCGUGACUGCCGCCCGCGCCGCCGGCCUACCCAGUGCCAUAGACCUCGUCUGCACCUCGUACAAGGGAGAGGAGGGGCUCAAGCGGCUGCAAGACGAAUGCGCCGGUGGCAGGGCCAUGGGGUUCAACGGCAAGCAAUGCAUCCACCCCAACCAAGUCGAGAUGGUGCAACGAAUGUUUGCCCCGGCCGAAGAGGAGGUUGAGUGGGCGGUGCGCGUCGUCAUCGCAGACGAAAAGGCAGCCGCUUCGGGUCGCGGAGCCUGGACCCUCGACGGCAAGAUGAUUGAUGCUCCUGUCGUUGGCAAAGCCCGUUCCGUCGCCGCAAAGGCCGAGCAGUGCGGCUUUGACUUGCCAGCCCUGCGGAACAAGUGGAAAGACCAGCAGCCGGAAUGA